GUGCUGGUGCAGGAUGAAGCCGGCCAUGUGGUACCUGAUGAUGAUAGUGGUGGGCUUCUUCUACGUGUACCUGACGGCCGUCCAGUACAUCCGUGGCCAGGAGGUACACGACCCACCCUCUAACUACCAGCCUCAGUACGACCCCCAGUAUUACGACGAGAAUCUUAUUAGCCCCACUAAUCAGCUGGACUUCGAGUACCACGACUACGACUCCAUCACCAACUUCCUGAGGUCCAUGAGCGCCACGUACCCCAACCUCACUGCCCUCUACUCUGUCGGCAAGUCUGUGCAAGGUACGUCCGUCCGUCCGUCCGUCCGUACUGAUAAUAAUUAA